UUAUAUUGGAACUUGAUAGGAAACAAUGAGAAAAAAAAGAUUGUAUCAGCUAGCGCCGUGCAUCAUAGAAAAAAAAGGAUUGGACGCCACGCCACUGGCAUGUUUUGCAUGUCACAUACGUUACUUAUGUAAUAUGUAUGUGCGUUAUCUGCUACAAAUGUAAUUUUACUGUUUUUUAAUAGUUGUUCACCCUACCAGCAUAAGAUUCACUUGGUAUAUUGUGCAGUCUCUCCAUCACGCAUCAAUUAUGGUGAAAGACAAAGAAGAUCAACUAUCGAAGCUCAGUACUAAGCAAAUAGUGAGUUGGUUUAUUGCAUCCGGUCAUGCAUCUGGUGGGUUCAAUGCAGAACGUGUCAACAAUUCCAUUGCUCUAUUAAGAAGAGUUCCAGCUGCUCGAUAUGCCGUUCUACAGAGAUUCACACAACUGUUUGAAGAAGCGACCAGAAAUUGUAUGGAUCAACGCAAUAUGGAUUAUUCUGGAUCAAUGUAUGGAUUGAGUCAUGAAUUGAACACCAGCAUUCAAAUCGUUGCUCGUACAUUGAAUGAAUUGUUGGAAAAGAACGGAAGAGCUUGGGCACCUAUUUUAUGCGAAUGGUCAAUAGAGUCGCUAGGUCAAAUAAGUAGUUGUUUCAAGAAAGGAACUUCUAUUGCGUCAUCUUCUGGUCAUUCUAACAAUCAACUGAAUGAACAUAUGAAAUUCUGGACACAAUCAUUCCCUACAAGAAUGCUCAUGAAUUUAUACAGAUAUUGUUUAAAAACAUUAAUUGAUCAAGGCACUGAGACUUGCAUGGAUUCACUUCUUAUUACUUCUGCUCAUCAUGCUCCAAAUUUUGACUGGGUUGUUGCUGAUAUUGGAAAUUCGUUUCCAUCAGAAAUUAUUAACAGAGUUUUACGAACUGGAUUUAAAGAUUUUGUAGCACAGCAAUGGGGUCAGCAACAGAUGGAUGAAGAUCAAUCUAAAAUGAAAUCAGUUGUUCGGAUAUUGGAACAUUUAUCAAGUAGACACAGUGAUAGAGUGCAAAAAGCAAUGAUCGGUCUGUACCAGACUCCCUCGACAAAUGAUGGUACCGGACAAAUAAAAGCGAUUCUGUAUAUUAUGCAGUUGUUAUCUGAUUCUCCAUUACUGAUAAGAGUAUCAACAAAACCUUUCAUAGAUGUCUUGGAUGAUGCAAAUCUAAACACUCUUCACACUCAGUUUUGCAAGUUACCCAAUUAUGAGACUAAAUUGAAUGCGGUUUCAAGUCUUGCUGUUCAUCUUAUAUGUCAAUCAUCUGUCGAAUCAUUUCGAUUAAUCCAAUUUCUUUUGAAAGCUUCUGAUUCAAAUUCAAAUUCCAGACAAUCAAAGCCUCUUGAUAAAGCAUUGCGCGAUAUUUUUUGUCAGUUGAUGACGUCACUUCUGCAAGAUCUUCUAAAAAUUGCAAUGAGAAAACGUGUUGUUGGAGAGAAAGAAAACGGUGUUGUUGCUGAAUUGAAAACAAACUAUUCCAAGUUAUGUGAUGAAAUAUUGAAAACUAAACUUGCUGAAAGACGAAACUGGAUUCUAACUCUUCUGAAGAUAAUCUCAAUCCGUGGUUGUUGUUGUUCUGUAUUUUGUAGAUUAUUAUGCGAGAUAUCAGGACAGUGCGAUAUUGCUGUAUUUCUGAAUUUAUAUUCUUUCAUCAGCGGUGUAAUUCCAGGACUUCUGGAGCAAAUAUUGGAAUUCAGUUUUUCAAUGAUAUCUGAUGGUAGACUAACAAGAAAACAGAUUAAGAAUAUGAUGACAAACUUGUGGAGAUUAUUGUCUAGGAAUGUUGAUAUUCCAGGGUCAUAUGAUUUGCAACAUAAGCUUCACAAAUCUUUAUGGAAUCAUAUUAAACAUCUUCGAACUCUAAUAUCAAACAGCAAUCCUUGCAAUGAAUCGGCAUCAAUAUCAGUAGAUAUAUUGGCAAUUCUUCUCACUGCUCCUGUGGCUCUUGCUCUUGAUAUAUCUCAUUAUUCAAUGUGUAUGAGCUUAGGAUCUUAUUUCUUUAGACUACUACAUUAUGGGAGAGUCAACAAUGAUGCCUCCAUGAUCAGUUGUAGAAAAGCACUUGUUCAUUUAUCUCAGUCACCUGAUACAUUCACCAUUGUGUGUCAGUUCAUCUUGGAAAACUCUGUUACCCAAGCAAAUGCAAUUUUAUUUGGACGUCGAACAGAAGAAGUAAAAGAUGAGGAUGGUGCUCCAAAAACAAAUCAUCUAUGUUCUGAACAAAGAGUAUCUCUGCUAUCACAACAUAGAUCACAAGUUGCAUCAUCAUCUGUGGUUGGUUUUACUCCUGUUGUUGUGGAAGCAGGACUGAUAGGAAGUGGACCAAAGAAGAAAAAGUCCUGUCCGCUUUCAAAGUCUGCACAAGUUACAAACAAUGAAUGUAUUUCUCUUCUUCUGCAUCGAUGUUGUUGCAAGACAGGAAGCAGUGGAUCUGCUGAGGGAGGAGUUAUACAUGAUACUCCAGCGAUGUUUGAUGAAGACAAACUCGUAGUUUUAGGUUCAAAACUACUUGAAGCUGUUACUUCAUGUUAUCCAGGAUCUCUUCUUCAUGCAGAUACAGCGUGGCCUGAUUCUACCUUUAGAAAAUAUACAGUUGAGAGGGAUCUUCAUAUCUUUACAUUUCUUGACGAGCAUCCAUUUGCUUGGAACAUUUUGAAUUUACUCGCAAAUAGUCCUAAAGCUCUUUGGAGAUGUUCACUACUGUUGCGUUCAAUAUCUGGUGCAUUACUUAAUCACUGGGAAUCAUCCCGGGAUGAGAGAGCCACUACAUCGGAAUAUCAUCUUCGGCACUCAAUCAAGGUUAUUGAAGUAUUGGAAAAGGGCCAACUGCUACCAGAACCACUUUGCUUUAUUGGAGAGUUAUUCGGAAUGUUGUCACCUUAUGAAGUAUUUCUUUUGAUGUCAGACGUGUGGAAAUUCAUAAAUCAACACCCACUGCCUCAAAAUCCGGUCUACAAUUCCACAAGAAAACGUCAGUUCCAAUCGGAAGGUGCACCAAUCCAACCAUAUCUGGUCACAAUUCAUUCCAUACUUCAUGCUAAUAUAACAAGAAUGGGCCACAUGUAUUCCAGGUUUGUUCCAGCCAAGCCUCAACAAGUGUGACAACUCACCAAAUAUGGAACCGAUUUAUUACAUUUUUUUACAAUAAAAGUGCUAAACAGAAAAAAAAAAGAAUAUUGUGCUUUACAGAAAGAACAAGGUUGCAAGACAUGUCAUGCCUAUGGGCAAUGAAUUUGAAUGAACGAACACACACACACACACAUAAGUAAUGAAACAAUUCAAUAAGGAACAUAUUUUCGGAGGUCAAUUCCACACAUCAGAGGUAGCUCGCUCCCUUUAGCUUAAUAACCCCGGGCAGGUGCUAGUUUGAGGACCAAAUGAUCCUAUUAUGAAAUAAAUCACCUUGAAAAAAAUAGUAGUUAGAUAUGGAAGAGCUGUAGGCCCCCAAUAAGGGAGAGCAAAGGUAAUGAUCAUGUGAAAUGAGCAGAAAAAUAAACAAAAAACGUGCAAGUUAAGUAUUGUUCAGAUGGUGGCAGUGGUUAACAAGAGAAAUAUUCUGCCUUG